GGAUGUCAAAGCCUUUUAAGUUUUUUUCACCAUAAAGGAAAUCUCUGCUAUGUUAUGAAUUUCUCCUACCUAAAUGUGAAUGGAAAACCAAUGAUCGCAAGCAACAGUGCCCAUGCCACUAAAGUCGAUGACAUUUCUAUUGAGGAAUUUAUACGUGUUUACUGGAAUCUAAGAGAAUUGGUCAGGAAGGAUGAAGGCAGACUUAUUGAACUCCAAAGUAUAAUUCUCUUGGUUCACAACGCUGCAUGGAAUGCUAAAUAAAAUUUAGUACUUCAGGAAAUGUGCUUUUAAUUUUUUUUAUUAUUACCUAUUUCAUCUCUUCUG